GCAGGGGCAGAGGUGCCAGCACCCGCCGGGGGACCAGGGCUCAGCGCUAAAGCUGUUGCGUACAGACCACCAGGUGGGCUCGGUGGGUUCUGGGCACGGCCCCCUCUCCAGUGGCACUAAGGAAACCGCCACUGGACAGGCUGGAGGAGGUCGCCAGGGCCGGGGGCUUGGCAGGGCUGUGGACUCACUCACUGCCCCGGCUGGGACAGGACAGGAGAAUGAGGGGCCUCCGCUGGCGUUACACACGGCUGCCCAGCCAGGUGCAGGAUGCUCUGUCUGGGGAGGAGGGUGAGGAAGAGGAGGAAGAAGAGGAGGAAGCAGCCCCAGCCCCAGCUCCUGCUGCUGAAGACCCCCCGGAGCCCCAGCUGACAGCAGCCAGCCAGGUUCUGGGCGCCUCAGAGAUUAGGCAGCUCAGCUUCCACCUCCCCCCGAGAGUCAGUGGACAUCCCUGGAGUCUGGUCUUCUGCACGUCAAGGGACGGCUUCAGCCUGCGGAGCCUGUACCGGCAGAUGGAGGGGCGCAGCGGGCCAGCGCUGUUGGUGCUGCGGGACCAGGAUGGGCAGACCUUUGGAGCCUUCUCCUCCUCAGCUAUCCGACUCAGCAAAGGCUUCUAUGGUACCGGCGAGACAUUCCUCUUCUCCUUUUCCCCGCAGCUGAAGGUCUUUAAGUGGACAGGAAGCAACUCUUUCUUUGUGAAAGGAGACUUGGAUUCACUGAUGAUGGGCAGUGGCAGUGGCCAGUUUGGGCUGUGGUUGGACGGAGACUUGUAUCACGGAGGAAGCUACCCUUGUGCAACCUUCAACAACGAGGUGCUGGCCCGGCAGGAGCAGUUCUGCAUCAAGGAGCUGGAGGCCUGGGUUCUGAGCUGAUGCCCUGCGGGGGGCAGCCUCCUGGGGCCACAGGCACUCAGCCCGCUCGUGGCCGCCGUCCAGGCCUUCCUCACACAGGGCUGCCACGCUGCUGGAAACACGGACGGUAAAGCACCCUGGUGUUGGCUGUGGCCACUGGCCAUCCUCCUUGUGGCCUGGGGACCCAAGACAGGGAAGGGGCAGGCACUGCUUUCUUGCAGACGUGACUCUGAAGGAGUGAAAGAUGCUUACACCUUACCCACAUGGCACAAAGUCUCUCAUGAAAAUGAUCUUUGUAGAAGUUCUACAACUUAUGGAUAUUUAUUGUAGAAAACCAGAAGACAUAAAAAGGAUUUCAUAAUUGCCUAAAAUUCAACCCCUCCCAACCCCUAAUAUUUUCAUGUACAUCCUUCCCAACAAUUUUCCAUGGAGACUGUACAUAUAUAUUCUCUUACAAAAAGGGGAUUGUAAUCUGUAUGGGUGGAAAUUAUUUUAACUUAAAGAAUAUUGUUAAACUUCAGAAAUCCAGGAUCAACCAGUGAAACUAAUAAAGACUCUAGUAGCAUGG